AUGGCUGCCCAUUAUAAGAAAUACCUAGCCGAAAAGGUCAUCAACGAACAAGAAAUUGUCACGUAUCGCUCAUUGAGCAGGGCUCUCAAAGUCCACUCCAACUUGGCAAAACGAAUGCUCUACGAAUUCCACCGUGUGGAGAACUCCAAGAAGCCGCAGAGUGUCCACGCAACUUAUCUCAUCACAGGCACUCGGCUCCCUACCCAACGGCAUCAUGUCUUGAACGGAGACGCCAAAAAGGAUGGCGAUGAUGACAUUAUGCAAUGCAGUCCAUUUCUGAGCAGCCAAACAGGGUUUCAAGAAGAUGACACUGAGGAUUCUCCCCCAGUGACUUCCACCACAUUAGUCCGCGAGGAGGAUUUAUCCGAAGCCAAGAGCCAAUUCCAAACAAUAUUUUCAAUAUUCAUGCAUAGCGUCCAACCCACGCGGGUGCAGGACUUGAACGUUAUGAGUGACAUCGGGCAUGAUAUUUUUGAGUCCCAAAUAGAGGAUCCCCUCGAAUACGGAAAAAUAUACGGCAUGAUCCUGAACAAGAACGUCAUGCGGCGAUCAGGAGUUCCGCCGCCAGCUCCUCCACCAGCCGCACCAGCUGCAGCGAUCACAAAGCCAAAGCCAAAGCCAGUGAACGCAGAAGAGCCAUCCAGGCCCACGAAACAAGAGGUCCCUCCGCUGCCACCGGCGCGGGCUAAGGAUGCAACGUCGCAACCCUCAUCCCGGGUACCCUCAUGGCAAGGGGCAGCAACAGCCGCGGAGAGCGGAUCUAGCUCGCUGAAGCGGGGGGUAAGCGGGAAUAUAUUCCAAGCGUUUGCCCGGUCCAAAGCUAAGGUUAAGAAGGAGACUCCUGAGGUGGAAUCGGUGUUUAUGCUGGAUGAUUCGUCUGAGGAAGAGCGGGAGGACUUGUUCCUCGACACGGGGACGAGAAGCAGUUCCUCCAAGCGGGAGUCGAGGAGGGAGAGAGAAGAGAAGCUGUGGAAGAUGAUGGAUGAAGAUGAAGAAAUGGCCGACGCGCCCGAGCCACCACCCCCCCAAAGUUGUGAAGCCGUCGAAACACUGCAAUCCCCCCAGUCUAAAGCCGGAGAGGAAGAGGAAGAGGAAGAGGAAGAGGGAAAGGAAAAGGGAAAGGAAAAGGACAAGGAAAAGGAAGCAUCCGCUCCCGCUACCAAGGGACGAAGGCGAGGGCGGCGGCAAGUCAUGAAGAAGACAACGGCGAUGGAUGAAGACGGAUUCCUAAUCACGGAAGAGCAGCCUGUCUGGGAGUCGUUUUCAGAAGACGACGCUCCGUCCGUUGCGAGGCGGAAGCCGGUCGUUGCGGUCCACGCGAAGCCUGCUGGUGGCCGGGGAGGGGCAAAAACGGGGCAGGGGAGCAUCACGUCGUUUUUUGGGAAGAAAGAGACACCAGAGCCCCAGGAGCAGACGGCAGCACCACAGACAUUCGGACCCUGCGUUGUUUGGGCAGGACAGGCCAGUUGUCGGGAGCAGGGCCCUUCUGCCCCUUCUGCCCGUUCAGCCCAUUCUGACCCGGCUUUGCUAAGUUCUCAAGCUGCGCUUCCUUCGCGUGCUGCAGUGCUGGCUUUGCUCGUCUGCUCCAACAGUGCUCGGGCAGCUGAUGCCCAUGGACAACACUACCUCCAAGAUAGCCGGCAAUCGCUCAUGGACGCAUGUCCCGACUACGCCGAAUACUCUGCGGUCAAACACGGCCCGUACUCCGACGGCCCCCUGAAACUCCCCUUCCAGCGCCCCGUCGAAGCCUGCCGCACGUUUGUCUCCCCGGCCGUCGAACAGGUCAUCGAAGAGGUCACGUCCCGCAUGGUAGACAAGGACCUCGCCCAGAUAUUCCGCAACGCAUUCCCCAAUACCCUCGAUACCACCGUCCGCUGGCACACAAAGGGCUCCGAAUCUCUCCUGUCCCCACCUCCCAAGAAGCCCAAGAAGCCCAAAAAGAAACCCCCUGUCACUCUUCCAAGUGACGAACCCUGGCAGGGCCCUCAGUCCUUCAUAGUAACCGGCGACAUAAACGCUGAAUGGCUCCGCGACUCCGCAAACCAACUCACCCAAUACCAGUCCCUCGCCAAAAAGGACCCAGCCCUCCAGACCCUCAUCCACGGCGCCAUAAACACCCAGACCGAAUUCAUCCUCCAAGCCCCUUACUGCAACGCCUUCCAACCCCCUCCCCCCUCCAAGCUGAACCCCGUCCUAACCCCCCAGCACGACAUUGUCCACCCAGUCUACGAACGCUCCGUUGCCUUCGAAUGCAAGUACGAACUCGACUCCCUCGCCUCAUUCCUCGCCCUCUCCAACAAAUUCUACGCCUCAACCCAAUCCACCGCCUUCGUCACCCCUCGCUGGUACAGAGCCGUCCACACCAUCCUGCGCGUCAUCGACGAACAGUCCCAACCAACCUUCGACUCCGAAAACGGCAGGUACGGACGAAACGAAUACACAUUCCUGCGCCAAACAACUCUGGGAACCGAAACGCUGAACCUGGGCGGGAUCGGGAACCCCCUUAACAACGGAACCGGUCUCGUUCGCUCGGCCUUCCGCCCCAGCGACGACGCUACCAUAUUUGGCUUCUUCAUCCCCGCCAACGCACAGAUGUCCGUCGAACUCCGUCGGACCGCCGACACCAUCAGAGCCGCCAAGGGCCCCGAGGACCUCAUCAAGACACUCCGCCAGAGAGCAGCUACCAUCGAGCGCGGGAUUCGUGAAUACGGCAUCGUCAGGCAUCCCAAGUAUGGACAUGUGUAUGCGUAUGAGGUGGACGGCUAUGGAUCGCAGGUGUUGAUGGACGAUGCGAAUCUGCCGUCGUUGCUCUCGUUACCGUUGCUUGGCUUUGGCAAGGUUGGGGAUGACGUUUACAGGAAUACGAGGAGGAUGGUGUUGGAGAAGGCUGGCAAUCCGUAUUAUUUGGUCGGGGAGGCGUUUGAGGGGGUUGGGGGCCCGCACGUUGGCCUCCAAUCCGCCUGGCCCAUGUCCGUCCUCACCCGCGCACGCACAUCGACGGACGACGAAGAGAUCAUCCAAUCUCUCGGCAUGGUGCGGAAUGCGAGUUUGCUGGGUCUUGUCCACGAGAGUGUUAAUGUGAACAAUGUCAGUGAGUACACGCGGAGUUGGUUUGCAUGGGCGAACAGUAUGUUUGCGCAGACCAUUUUGGAUCUUGCGGAGAGGAAGCCGGAGAUUGUGUUUGGGAAAAGGGGGAGGAGGUAUCGGAUUGCGGAGGACGUGGCGAUGGGGGUGGAGGAGUAG